UUUUCUUUUCAAACUUUUGUUGUACUAGUAACGCCGAUGCCGUUCCCGAACGAUUUUUCGCAAUUCUUCCCGAACAAACUCCGCGCGAGGAACGUCCCCGGCCUUGUAAAAUUUCAGGGUAUACACCCCAUAAAAUCUGAGACUCAAAUAUGGAGGGGAUAUAAACAAAGAACUUCUUGUUAUUUUAUUUUAAAUGUCUUCAACAGGUGCUCGUGCUGUUGGUACAGAUGGAACAGAUUUUAAACAUCGUCAACGGGUUGCAGCUUCAAUUAAAUUAAGUGUUCAAUACAAAUUUUAUUUGAAAUUGCUUUUUGCUCUUCACUUUUUAAUUCUUCUACCAUUAUGGGCAAAAGUUGGUGGUGAAUUAGUUUUUGAUCAAUUUAAAUUAAUGAAACAGCCAAAACUUUGGAGAAGAUUGGAUCUUCCAAAUGCAUAUCCUUGGGAAUAUAUUUGGUGCUUAUCUUUUAUUCCAAUUAUUUUGGCAAUUCCUUCAUUUCAGAAAAAUAGGCUUCUUUUGCUCAAACUUAGUUAUUAUUCCCAAUUUUUGUUUGGAAUAACACCUUGCGCAAUAGGCUUGGGCAGCCAAUUUCCUGAAUUAAUAGACUAUAUUCGUUUUGGAGAGCAAAGUAAAGUGCCAACAUUUAGUGGAAGUUUUCCAAUGGUUAUUCUUUGGUAUUUAUUCUUUCUUGCAGUCUUUCAGAUUCAAGGAUUUUCAAUGUACUUCACUUUUAAUUUGUUAAAUGCUUGGAGAAGGGAUCCAGUAAUUUUAAAACAAUCAGCAGACAAAACGCAAAAUAUUGACAAAAAAGAUGAUUAG